AUAUUUAUCUGAAAGAUACUCCCUCUAAUAAAUCCAUCGUCUACCUGAUGGUGUACCUGUCUAUACGUCGUAUAUGAGCUGUUCAUCCAACCGACUGCCCUCCCUACUAUCAUAUUCCGUGCUAUAUUGCUCCCGUCCCUGUCAUUGACGUCCACUGCCUAAAUUGCACCGUCCUUGAAUAAACAAAUGGAUCGCUCCAAACGGUCCCUAUUGGUUUCAUCACCCGUGGCAACUAAGCCCGACUCCCCCAGGUUGAGGAGGAAGCUCCAGAAGGGCGGCGCGAGGCAGCGCAACCUGAGCAAGCGGCCCGGAUCAGGCGCGUCCAAUGAAGCGUCGGCGGACGAUAAAUCGCACAAUGCCAACAAACAGUCCCUGCCGCUGCCCCCUGAUCUCAGUGAUUCAAAGUGGUCAGAGUACCUUCGGGGCAGGGAAUACCUUUGCGUCCUUGACUCCUCGGUGCGAUCUACCGAGUCCCUCGUCACGCCCAAUAGCAUAAUUCCCGGCCUCACCCACCCCAACAACACCAAGCAUGAGAAAGGGCGACCAUCGAUCGAGAAGCUCUGUUCUGCCUCCCCAACACCGUCGCGAUCCUCGGAAAUGAGGCGCCGUGCCAAGACGCCGGUAUUCUCCAUCGGACAGCUCGAGGCUGCUGCCUCAACGACGGGGCGCGCCGCAUCCGGGCCGGACAAGACGUCGAGCGUCGAGCUCAUCGCAGAGCAAUACAGAGCGCUACUGGAGUCCCGCAACUCCAUGUUUACCGACUGCCACUCCGAGCCGCCGCCCUCGCGGCAGGAGGACAGGGGCGAGCUCGAGAUCAGGAGGCAGCACAGCUCGGACGACCUACAAGGGUCGGCGGCCCAGCUCCCACAACCCACCGCGGAGCCUCCCACCGGCUCCCCAACGUCGUCGGAUGACGGGACGCUCGUCGCGUUCGAGGAGGAAACCGUGUACUUCAAGCCAGUGUCGUUCUCGCCCGAGCCGCUCUCCCCGAUACACAACAACAACUACGAGCAACCGUUUGUCAGCCCCUCGUUUUCGCCCGAGAGCCUCAGCCUGCAGAUCUGCGUCGACCUCCUGACCCGCGACCUGACCUCGGCCAUCAUCACCGACAGGCCCCGGAGGUGCGCCUCGGACUCGUCGGCGCUGCAGGUGUGGGUCAUGAUCGAGGCCUACGAGAGGCUGCGGGACCGGAUCCUGGACUCGCGGCUGCGCUACGACGGCGAGGUCCAGAGCGUGGAGCUCAUGUUCGACAUGUGGUUGCGGGCGCUUUACGACAUCCACGACUCGCUCACGGGAGAGGGACGGACGACCGAGGGUGAAUAUGAGGAGCUUGAGCUCUCGGCUGAGGAGCUGGAUUAGAAUUUGAUGAUACCAAAGAUACCUGCUUUUCCUUUGUUGCGGGGACUCGGGCAUUGGUUCUGGACGGUUGGCCGGGCUUCGGCCUGGGAAGAUACCUCUUUACUGCUGGCGUUUUGUUGGUUGGGCAUUGC